ACUCAGAUGUCAAAUGUCCACCAUAUUACUAGUCUAUGGUGCAAUAAGAACCUCCUAUUUGUUUGUUUUUGUAAUGAGAAAACAAUUUUUCAUCUUUCUAAAAUCCGUGAUUAUGACUUGAAAUGUCCAAUUUUUCUAUAUUUUCGUCUGCCUAAAGUAAUAUUCUGACCAAGCCAUCAUGUCUCAGUUAUGCUCAACAUGCCUGAGCAUCGAUCGGAAAUUGAUUCCAGUGACCAAAAUACGCAACAAAUCUAUCUUUCUAGAGUGGUUUGGAAAAAUAAAAUUGAAUAACCUCAAAGUAUGUUGGGAAUGCAGGGCGAUGUUUGCCAAAAUAUAUCAUUUCAAAAAUCAAGUGUUUAUCGCUGAAAAAAUCAGUUUUCAGAUAGCCCAUAAGAAGCUAAGGGAUAUAAUAUCCUUAACAAAUUUGAGUACAUACACUAAAAAAACUUACGACAAAGUCUUUAAUUACGAUUCAGAGGACUCAAUUGAUUUAACCAAAGAUGAUGCUAAUAACAACAACACAAGAAUUGUCAUAAUAGACGAAAAUCCCAAAUCUAAAUCUGUGAAAGAAGACACUAAAACAAAAGACAAAAUAAACAACAAUAACAAUAAUGAUUCGAAGAACAAAAACAAGAGGAAGUAUGAAAGUAGUUCUGCUGACCGACAAACUGUCAAAAAGGCGAAAGAAGACACAGAAAGCAAAGCCAAUAUUGGCCCAAAUGUGACUAAACAAGAUUCACAAAGUCCCUCUGACGGACAAUUCACCAAAAGGGUAAGACAUUACUCAGAAAGCAAAGCCAACGUUGGUUCAAAUGUGGCCAAACCAGAUGCAGAAAAUCCCAGUGAUGGAAAAACUACCAAAAGGGUGAGACAGGACUCAGAAAGCAAAGCUAACGUUGGCUCAAAUGUGGCUAAACAUGAUACCCAAAGUCCCUGUGACGUACAAACCAUAAAAAGGGUAAGAAAGAGCUCAGAAAGCAAAGCCAAUAUUGGCACAAAUGCGGCUAAACAAGAUACAGAAAGUCCCACUGACGGACUAACCACCAAAAGGGUAAGACAGGACUCAGAAAGUCCCUGUGACGGACAAUCCACUAAAAAGGCUAAGACAGACACAGAAAGCAACAUUGGCCCAAAUGAUGGCGCCAAAGAAUCAUCUGAAACUGAAGACAAAAAAUCUAAUGAGAAGAAAUACACAGUACUACGUUUGACUGAAGAGAAAAUGCUUGAAGCUAGAGAAAAAGAAAGGGAUGCCCCUAGGUAUAAGAGUCGCCCUUAUAAGUGCGAAAAAUGUAUCCUAGGAUACACGGACAAGAAACAACUUAAUAAACAUAUUUUUGAUAAACAUACUGAUUUCCCCGGCCAACUAGUGUGCCCAAUAUGCGACGUCCGCUUCAGCCGGCAAGACUUCUUCGAGUUCCACCACUCCGCUCACUACCGCGGCUACAGAUGCAAGUUGUGCAUGUUCGAGGAGCAUCGGCGCUUCCUCAUCGACGCGCACGUGGCGAAGCACGACCACGCCGAUGUGCCCAGAGUCUAUGUCGACGGGUGAGUACUACAUGUGAGCCGACUGACCACAAUAGCUGUGACACUAGUG